ACUGCGUCAUCUCCAGAUUCCCUUCUCCUGCAAGCCUCCUCUUCCGAUCGCCGCCGCCCCCGCCGCCGAUGGAGCGCGCCACCGCUGCACACCCCGCCUCCUCCUCCGUCUCCGCCGCCCACUGGAUGGCGACGGAGGAUCUCGGCCUCCGCCGCAACAUCAUCAACAACAUGGUGAAGAAAUUUAUGACCAUUACCAAUUCUCAGCAAGAUCAUCAUUACCGGGAGAUCCAAAAUUAUGCUAUCAGAUGUGAACAGGACGCGCUUAACAAGACCACCAAUAAGGAAGAUUAUUUGAGAUGCAUAGCUCAAAGAAUCAUGAAUAUGGAGAUGAAAGUAAGACGAUCACAAUCACUGCAGGCAGGGACGACACCUAGCACACAGAGGCCAUCUUCCCAGCAACAAAAUGUAUGUACCACACCACAAAAUCCAGGCCAAGUGCCAGACCAGCACAGGGCUUCUGCACCAAAUUCACAGAUCGAAGCUAGCCAAGAACAGACUGUGAUGGUGGCAGCUCCGGAUUGUUACCUCAACUUCAAUACCACAGCAAUUAGUCCAGUGGCAAUGUGUGUCCAUCCUAGCCAGCAACCUCAGAGUCAACAACACCAACAACAGGCCAAGCAACUACACCCCACAAACGUUGUCGGAUACAACCCAACUAGCUUGAAUCAGAUUCAAGGACAAUCAGUUAGUGGACAAAAUUUUCAGCAGAAUCAUGUACUAGGGCAGAAUGCCAGUGGCAGUGGUACACAACAGAGGCAACUAGUUGAGACACCGGAGCAGCACCAGCUGUUGAGGAUGAAGCAGCAACAUAUGAGGGGAAACCAGCAGCAGAAUUUCACCCAGAGAAACCAAAUUCUUCCAGCACAGCAGGCCCAUCUUGGCAAGAUGCAGAUUGGUCAUCCUGCAGUACAGAACAAUCAGCAGAAUGUUGGAAUGUCAUGUCAGCAUAUGACUCCGCCUCAAUGUCAAGUUGCCACAGCUCAACAAAGCAGUCUUGGUUGUGAUAGCCCUCAAACUUUAGAACCGAUCGUAAUUGCCGGAGAAGUGGAUUGGAGGGAAGAAAUAUUUCAGAAGAUCAAGUCAUUCAAGGAUGCAUACCUUUCCGAAGUUUUGGAAUAUGAUCAAAUCGUUCAUGUUCCGAAGUUAACAGAGGAGCAACUCCGUUCAUUACCUGUUGAGAAUGCUGAGAAAUUGAGGCGUAUAAGACAUGUCAAGAAAAUUAUCGCAAUAAUGCUAGACUUGUUGAAUACCCAGAAAAGCAACGUGCGCAAGGGUAUGCAGAAUAUAUUCCCCAUAUUCCAGCAGUACCUGGGGCAAUUGCGACUUUCCAUAUCAAAAAGUAAAGCUCGGAAGACAGUGGCAAAAAUAGGGUGUCAGUCGCAGAAUUGCAGUGAGAAUUCUCAUAUCGUCAAUCUUGGUAGCAAUACAGCCCCAUUCACUUGUGAUGCAAGUAGACAGCAAAAACAGCAAGAGCAAGUUAUCAGUGCUAAAACUUCCAGGAUGGAGCAAGCAAUCAUGACCCGAACUCCCACACCUCAACAAGAAAGUCAUGGCUGCCACCUACUAGGAGUACCAAGCUCUUGUUUCUCACCAAAAGCACUGCAACCUUCCUCAACCAAUACUAUUGAGGAGUGCUUCACCCCAUCCCCGGUAACCCAGACAGUUCAACCAAUUCAAGUAGCUUCACCCCAUGUUACUUCACCCAGUGCUUAUGGAAAAUCAUCUGUUCCAAAGCCUAGUGUUGCACGAGUUGUUUCACACUCUGCUUCGAUAAAGUCAAGAUUGGCAUCAUCCCCUAGCAGGCCAGAAGGUGCGCAUGCUGCCUCGCCCAAUAUUACUUCAGUUGAAUCCACAUUGCCAACUCCUAUUGCCAAGCCAGGGACUGUACGAGCUGCCUCACCUUGCACUCCAGUCAAAUCCACAUCGCAAUCGCAGCUUAGCAAGCCAGCAGUUACAGAAGUUGAUUCAUGCCGUGCUUGUGUGACAUCUAAACUGAAAUCUCCUGUUGGCAAGCCAGAGACUGCAGGAGCUGCUUCACCAUGUGCUUCUGUGAAGUCCACAGUGUCACUGGACGUUGACAGUGUUACUGAAUUCUUGCAGCACCGUGUUGUAGCACCUACAGUAGCAAAUGGUGGUUCUUCUAACCAGGCAAUUCAUACUCUGGUAUCAGCAGCGCCACCUAAAGCUGCUCAUCAAGCAGAUGAUCAGGUGCAAAACGGAGCUGAAGAAAUGGAAGCCAAAAAGCCCUUCAGCCGCCUAAUUGAAACACUCCUGUCUUCAUCACCGGAAGCACUCCUCCACUCAUCUAAUUCCAUGAGAUUGGCUAUCUGGGAGGCUGACCGAAUACCAGCACCAUCACCACUACCAUACCGACCAAGGAACGGUAAAAUGAAGCGUGACUUUGAUCAUGUGACAUCACGUCCUAUCUCAUCACCAUUGAGAAGCAUGGAUGAGAGUUGCAUGACUUAUGAGUGUGUUGCGUUCGAGGAUGAAUCGAGUGGGGAAUAUAAUGCGAAGAGGCAGAAAACACAAGUGAAUGCCAACGAUGCUCUGGUGGACGAGAUAAAAACUAUCAACAACAAACUAGUUGAUACUGUGAUGAACUUUGCUGAUGAAAAUGGGACAGAUGAAAUCAUUUAUCAGAACGGUGGCGGGAUGUUGAUCAAACUCUCUUACAUUUCCAUGUCGCUUUCGCCAAGCCUGAAAUCUCUUUUCGCAGCAUCUGAAAUGACCAUUGUCAUGCCCGUGAAGCUGUUGGUCCCCGCGGAUUAUCCGAAAAGCUCUCCGAUCCUUGUCGACAAUGACGAUGAACAGAGGAGGUUGAGUGACAUCUCGUACGCGGUCGCAGUGGCAUUUGGGUGCGCCGUCGACGAGUUGCCGGAGCCGCGGUCGAUCGAGGCGAUGGCCAUGGCGUGGGAUGGCUGCGUGCGGCGGGCCGUCACCGAGGUGGCGCAUCGGCACGGCGGAGGAACGUUCAGCUCGAGGCACAACCAGUGGAGGGCCGGGUACCUGCAUGGGCCCAUGAUGAGCCUGUAGCACUUGCUCCAUCUCUACCAUGUUCGUUGUAGACUUUGUUGUAGUGUGUAUGGUCAGAUUUAAGUUAUAUCGAUGUAUACCGGUUAUUUACUCCCGGAAAUUCCAUUAUAGAAGACAAAAUUGCAUAUGUAUACAGCGGGAACAAAUGAGGCAGAAUCACCAAUACAUGUUUGUAUUUCAAUUAGGUGUCUUGUAGGAAUAUCAUAUAAUAUGCCUUUGUAUGUUACUGACAUUAAAGUUUAUUGUCAGUAGUACUAAGCUGUAUGCACAAAACAGUUUAAUCAAAAAGCUUGAAUUGGUGAGUAAA